UUGUGCUUCUGUACCGUUCAUUUUAUCUUCACCUUAUCCAUUAUCCCAUACAAUUUCAGCGACUCAAAGAACUCUUUCCUUUUCAACGUGCUACAGGAUGACGGUGGUGAUCAAGGCAAACUUGAAGCUUUCAUUAAUUUCUGUGAAGAUACGAUCUUUGAAAUGCAACAUGCGGCAGAAAUUUCUUCUGGUGAUAGUGAUUCGAAAGUGGAAAGAGCUCUAAAGCAGAGGGAUUAUUUCUUGCAACAGACCAGCACCAGAGAGCAAAUCUCUGAAACGUUCAAAAGCGGUUAUCGAUAUGGAGUUACGGCAGCUUCGGCAUUACGACCAGAAAAUAUCAAGCAAGCGAUAAAGAGCCUAAGCGCUAAAGCAAAGUGGGUAUUUCUUUACUUCCAAUCUUGGGAAGUUCCAUAA